UUGCUGAUCGUGUUUUCAAUGUUCCAGAAAUAGUCAAAUACAUACAGGUCUCCAGAGUAGAGAAAAAGAGUGUGUUACCAAAACAAAACAGAACCAGCUCCCCUUCCCUCAAUAACUGGGAAAAACAGCGGUGAUACAUAACAGCCUGCACAGAGACACGGGUGGCUAGUGUGACUGAGGCAUUUUUAAAAUUUUCCUUGAUUUACGUCUAAAUUUAAAUAACCACACUUGGCUGCUGGCUACCGUAUUGGACAGUGCAGGUAAACAGUCUAGGAUAUGUUUUUUAAUUUGAUUUACUUAUAUCUCUAGUGGUGAAAAUCCUGCAGUCGCCUUUGUUAGUGUCUUCUGGAGUUCACUCGUCGGGGGUAAAUAUGUUCUUUGCUCGGCCUUCUGAGUGCCCAUCCUCCAUUGUGAUGUAGAUCAAGCAGGUAACUUCAUCUCAGGGUGACCCUUUGUGGGGCUGUUCAGAGUCCGCAAGCUGACCGGUCCGGCUGCCGCACCGUGGGGCCCUCGCCUCGGUGGCUUCAGCAGUCCCCGGACGGCACCUGCCUGUUGGCGCGGCUUCCCCGCCGGCCGGUGUGAGGUGCGCGGGCUGGUGCCGCGGCAGGGUUGCCAGCAGCUGGCAUGGAUUCUAAGCUGCCUUCCUCGGUUCGCAGUACACUUUUGGAGCUGUUUGGUCAAAUAGAGAGAGAGUUUGAAAACCUUUACAUUGAGAACUUAGAAUUGCGUAGGGAGAUUGAGACUCUUAAUGAACGUUUAGCUGCCGAAGGACAAGCGAUCGAUGGGGCGGAACUGAGUAAGGGCCAGCUCAAAACAAAAGCCAGCCACAGCACCAGCCAGCUUUCUCAGAAGCUGAAGACCACUUACAAGGCCUCCACCAGCAAGAUCGUCUCCAGCUUCAAGACCACCACGUCGAGGGCCGUGUGCCAGCUCGUGAAGGAGUACAUUGGCCACAGGGAUGGCAUCUGGGACGUCAGCGUGGCGAGGACACAGCCCGUGGUGCUGGGCACCGCGUCUGCCGAUCACACGGCCCUGCUGUGGAGCAUAGAGACAGGGCGGUGCCUCGUCAAGUACUCAGGCCACGUGGGGUCAGUAAAUUCUAUCAAGUUUCAUCCAUCAGAGCAGUUGGCUCUUACUGCUUCUGGAGAUCAGACCGCCCACAUUUGGAGAUACGCCGUCCAGCUGCCAACGCCCCAGCCUGUUGCUGACACCACUCAGCAGAUAUGUGGCGAAGAUGAAGUGGAGUGCUCCGAUAAAGACGAGCCUGAUGUUGACGCGGAUGUGUCCAGUGACUGUCCUACCAUCCGGGUGCCGCUGACAUCUCUUAAGAGCCACCAGGGAGUGGUCAUAGCCGCUGACUGGCUGGUUGGGGGGAAGCAGGCAGUGACGGCCUCCUGGGACAGAACGGCGAAUCUGUUUGACGUGGAGACGGCGGAACUCGUUCACUCUCUGACAGGGCAUGACCAGGAGCUCACGCACUGUUGCACACACCCCACCCAGCGGCUUGUGGUGACCUCCUCCCGGGACACGACUUUCCGUCUUUGGGAUUUCAGGGACCCUUCCAUCCACUCCGUGAAUGUCUUCCAGGGCCAUACGGACACCGUGACCUCGGCCGUGUUCACUGUGGGAGAUAAUGUUGUUUCGGGCAGCGAUGACCGCACCGUGAAGGUCUGGGAUUUAAGGAAUAUGAGAUCCCCCAUUGCGACUAUUCGCACAGACUCUGCCAUCAACAGGAUCAAUGUAUGCGUCGGCCAGAAGAUAAUCGCCCUCCCACACGACAACCGGCAAGUGAGGCUGUUCGACAUGUCGGGCGUGCGGCUGGCGCGGCUCCCCCGUAGCAGCCGGCAGACCGUGAUCACGUUAAUCUGGAAGUAUAUUCACAUGUGCCGAGGCAUUGCUGUGUCUCUACACGUAUACACUAGGGCCACAGAAGAAUGGUGUGCUGCUCGGCGUGGAGCGAGGACCACCCCAUGUGCAAUCUGUUCACCUGCGGGUUUGACAGGCAAGCCAUUGGCUGGAACAUCAACAUCCCUGCGUUGUUACAAGAGAAAUGAGGUUGCCGGCGUUCCUUAGUCGCGUGGUUCGCCGUGGACCUGUGGACCGGUGCCGCUUUUCUCCUGUUGGUCAAGCCCUUUUUCUGAGAGUCGGGCCCUGACGAGGGUGAUUUUUAUGUUCUUUUCUCAUUGUACCCAGCUUGCAUGAAAUGUACAGCAAAACGUAUGGUCCUAAGUUUUAUUUUCGUCUUGUGUGUGUGCUGGCGCCCUCCGUGCAGUGGAGACGAAGCCCCUUCCCCGUAGCACGUCGUGUGUUGUGAGUUGCUGGCGUCUGACAGCUGACAGGAGGGCAUUACGUUUGCGUGAGUUAAAUGCGAACCCGCAUACUUACUGUGAGGUGCAAGUAGAGUGUAGCGUUUCUGGAAUAAUUAUACACGUCUGCCUUGUGCCGGGAAGGUCGCGGAGCUGCACCCGCGUUGGCUGACGCACGGCAGGUGCGCUGGCAGACUUGAGGGUUGCUUCCGCGUGAGGUUUUAGCGUGUGCCGUGCUGUCACGGAGCUUCAACUCCGUUCCGUCGUAGUUACGUAAAACAACCUGGAUGUUAGACGCUAACAGAAGUAGGAUGCAGACUUUACAUUUGGAGAGUCGUUUGAAAAGAAAAAGUUUCUGCCCUUUUUGUGGAAAAUCAUUUCAAUCUCUUGAGGUCUCAUGUUAGCAAAUUCAAAAAUGUGAUUCUAAUCACUGAUUUCAGAUACUAAGCAAAAUUUAAAGCACUUUAGUUUAUAGCCAUGGUUAUAAACAGUUUUGAGAAGUUACAGAUGACUUAUCCAUUGAAUGUGACUUGACCUUUUGAAGAAGGCCCUGCCUGCUACCUGAAAACAAAACCUUAUUUAUUUUCUAUUCUACACUUUGGUUUGCGUAUUUCUAAGGGGGUUCACUUCCUUGGUGGUGUUUGAGAGCCAACAAUGCAAAUAAAUGAGUACUACCUCAGAACAGCACGUUUGGAGACCGGGGGCGUCUCGCCACUGCGUGUGGCUGGGAUGCCCAGUUCAGUUCCGAAGGCAGGACAGACAAUCAUAGCGGCCGGCAGGGGCGGCUGCAGCGAUGCGUCGCAGGCCGGCAGCUUGCUCCCGUUUCGGCAGCCGGGACGCCCCCGCGUGCCAGCCCUGCCACUGCCCGGGUGAGCCCGUCGCUCUUGCCUUCGUAGGACUCACUGUUGUCCGCUGUUUGUGAGUUCGUGUUUCUUGCUCGGUCACAGUUUUGAUGAAGAGCCGUCUGUGCGUACCGCCCUCCUAUUUUUAAUUCUUUGAGUGUGUGCACUUGGAGAGGCACAAGAGGGUGACCGUGAAGACGAUCGUGGGUGCCCCACUUCCGGUGGUGACGGCUGGCGGAGGAGCGCGUGGGCCGCCUUGGGUCCUGAGUGAACGGGCCUCACUUGAGGCUCCCGUGGCUCAGGUCCUAUGUGUGGUACCUUGUGAGGAAUUCCAGCCCCAAAUUCUCUGGAACGAUUUUGAGAUGAUUGACACGGUCUGGAAGGGAAGAAGGACCAGGAGAAACCCGUCCUGCUACGGACGGUUGAGGUCGGUGCCUGGAGGGCGCAGAAAGUCAUUUCUGAAGCCUGCCUUCUGGCCCCUGUCGACCUAGGGGCACCACACCCCCAGUGCCAGAGUGCGGGCGACCUCGGGCCUCCAAUCUGUGUGUCCACGCUCUUGGGCUCCUGUUGUGUUUUAAUUUGAAUGUCUGGGUGUCUUAGAAUCAUUGUUAGGAGCACUGAAAAACGUAUACAAACACAGUUGAAUCAGACUUAAGAACCAGAUCUCUGCCGGAUUAAAAAAAGUGGAAGCUUUGAAAUAAAUAUUUUUGAUGGCCAUUUAGUUCUCUGCAAACUAGUGCCCUCCGUGGCCGGCAGCUGCUCACUGUCUCGCCAACGGGAGUGGCCGACCUCCUCACUCCUCCCGCGUCUCCACGAGGGCACAAGGCCUCAUGCUUUUGGGGAGAGUUCUCAGGAGCAGGACGCCCUACCAUCACGACCACGUCGUCCUCUGACGUGCUUCCAUUCAGCUGCUGCUGUGGCCUUAGUGGCGGUGUUUUCGGGAGUCGUGGAGAUUUGGGAUCGUGCGUGUGCGUGCGUGCGCGUGUGUGAGCGUCCAUGUGCAUGUGUGUACUUGUGUGGCUGAGAUUAAGUCGUGAUCAGCCACAUGUGAUCUCAUCUGAAAUCGUGUUUGGAAAUGAGAGUGGUUUUGUUCUGUAUGCUCACAUGUCCAGAAUUUCAUUUGAUAAUGGAAGGAAAAUGUGUGGUUACUGGAAAAUGUGUAUUGAUAGAAAGUUUCAUAAGAACUACGUUGUUGGACAAAACAGCACUCUUUCUCAACCACUGCACAUCGAUUUCUGUAGAGACAAAAAUUGUGUACAUAUUUUGGAAUUUGAAGAAUCCUAUGUAAAUCACUUGUUGCUUAAAUCUGUGAAAAACAAGUUUCUUUGGGGGGAAAGUAUGCAUUUAUAAGUGUUGUGUACAGCAAGUGUUUUUAUUGUAUUGGUGUAAUUGUUUUUAAGUGUUGAAUGUCUUCAUUGCCAUAUGAAAUUCAUUAAAAAUCCACAUUCUGUAA